CAGAUAGAAGAACAACUACAGAUUAUCGUUUACAACUUUUACAAGAAAUGCGAUGUCAGAAUUAUGAUAUGAUACGUUUUGCAUCGUAUAGAACAGCGUGUAAACUCAGAUAUGUCCAAAAAAAAGUUUAUUAUGAUACUUAAAAUUCAGGGGUGGCCAACGGGUGGACUUUCUAUUUUCCUUUACCCUUGCACAUUUUUAUUACAUGGUAAGAAAAAAUUUGUUAAAUUGUAUAAUGUUAAUGAAUCUUUAUAUCUAUGGGUUAAACAAAAAUUUGUCAUACAAAAUUGUUCUUAUUAUUUCAGAAAAAAAUUUGAAAAAGACAAAUGGAGUCGCAUUGAGUUAAAACCACGUUGCGUAUGAUCAAUUGAUCAUAGUUCUAGGCUUUUAUUUAACCCACAGAUAUAAAAAUUCAUUAACAUUAUACAAUUUGACCCAUUUUCUCUUAACAUGUAAUAAAAAUGUGCAAGGGUAAAGAAAAAUAGGAAGAACCAAUGAAUCGAUACACAUGAUUGAUAUAUGGAAUGUUAUUGAAGCAUUUCGUGAAAAUGGAUUAAAUACACUUGAAUCUCACGUUGAAGUAAAUGUUUCCAAAUUUGAGACACUUAUAACAAGUCUGUAUCUUAAUUUGAAUAAACGAUUACCUACUCAACAACAUGUACAUGAUGAUUUAUUGACUACAAUUCUUCUUAAUUGGAUUAUGUCUGUUUAUUCUGCUAAUGAUACUAUGGGAAGAAUAAGAGUAUUAUCUAUAAAAGUAGCUUUGGUUACAAUGUGUUCUGGGAAACUUAUGGAUAAACUUAGAUAUAUAUUUUCACAAAUAUGCGACCAAAAUGGACACAUGGUAGCUUGGAAAUUUCGAGAAUAUUUACAAGAAGUAUUAGUACUUCCUUCAGCUGUAUAUGAAUCUCCUUCUUUUCAUUAUACUGAUCAGAUAUCGGCUGAAAUAUUUUCUGGGAAUGGUAAAGUGACUGUAAAUGAUUUUAUGGAUUCAAUGAUGUCAGAUCCUGGACCUGCUUGUCUUGUAUGGUUACCAUUAUUGCAUCGGUUAGCAAAUGUUGAAAAUGUUACUCAUCCUAUUUCUUGUGAUGCUUGUCGACGUGAUAAUUUUACCGGAUUUCGAUAUCGUUGUCAAAAAUGUCAUAAUUUUCAAAUGUGUCAAGAAUGCUUUUGGAGAGGACGAGUUGCAUCUAGUCAUACAAUUGAGCAUGAUGUUAAAGAGUAUACUAGUUAUAAAUCUCCUAGUAAACAAAUUGGACAUUCUCUUCGAAAAUCAUUUCGCUGUGUACCAGAAAAAGAAAAAGCUAAUAUACCACGUUUUCCCGAGGAGCCAGAAAAGACUAUUAAUUUAUCACAUAUAAUACCUCCGUCACCUUUGCCGUGCCACAAUGGAUUUUCUGAAUUAUCUAUUAGUAGUCAAUUUAAUACGUUGGAUAGUAAAACAAGUUCAAGAAGUCCUGAUAAGCGCACAAUGAGUUUAGAUUACACGUCAAUGGACGAUGAACAUAAAUUAAUUGCACGAUAUGCUGCACGACUUGCUGCUGAAGCUAAAGUAGGUAGAGCUCCAUCAGAAGGUUCUUUAAGCUUAGAUACUUCUAGAGCUCAAAGAGAACUUAUUAUUCAACUGGAAUCUAAAAAUAGAGAAAUUAUGAAAGAAAUUUCAAAACUUAGAAAACAACAAGAAAUGGAAGGUUUUUGUUCUGGAUAUUCUGAAGAUAAUCCAGCACUUAUGAGUGAACUCCGUGCAUUGAGAAAUAGAAAACACGAAUUAGAAUCACAUUUAACAUCUUUACAGGAUUCUAGAAGACAAUUAAUGGACCAAUUGGAGGGAUUAAUGAAACUUCUGAAAAAUCAUCAAGGGUCUCCACGUUCAACUCCAAAUUCAUCGCCACGCUCAACUAAAUCUCCUCCUCCCUCAAAGUCAGCACCUCCUACACCUGGCGGAACUUUGACUUCAGCUUCAUCUCUGUCUCUCAUGUCUACAUCUGACUCAUUAAUGGUUGGUGAUGUAAGAUCAGCAUUUACUGGUAACUCCCUAGCAAGUACACCUGUUAAUUCAUCUGGUUUAAAUUCUGGUGCAAGUGGUUCUGUCACAUGUGGCAAUCGAAGUUUAAGAAAUGAUUUGUUAGUCGCUGCAGAUUCAGUGACAAAUGCUAUGUCAUCAUUGGUUAAGGAGUUAAACUCUGAAGGCCCAGUGAAUGAAAAUAUAUCCAACUCUGCAAUUCUCAAACCAUUAGGCUACAAUAAAAAAGAAGAUGAAAAUAUAAAAAUUAAUAAAGAUUUUAGAAGUGAUAGUUUAUCCAGAAGUCAAUAUAAUAAGGCGAAGACACAAAAUAAUCAGACAGAUAGUUGCACAUCUCCUGUUAAUAUGAGACGUGCUACUAAUUCUGGUUCAAAAAAUAAUUCUCCAGAAGCUGAUUCUAUGACACGAUGGCGAUAAUUUAUUUAUUUUUCAGUCAUUAUAUAUGGUUUGAUUCUUUGUAUAACUUAACUGUUUUGAUUUAUUUUUUCAUAAAUCAUUUAAACUUUGAGUAUUAUAUAAUACUAUUACUAAUAUGUAUAAUAGUUGUAUAAUUAAGUCAUUAUUAUUUGUUUUUAUGUUAUGUGUUUACUUUUUAAUAUCUAUUGUUGAUUAGGUUUAAACUAUUCUAUUAUCGGACUAGCUAUACUUAUAACUUACUCAUAAAUCAUUAAUGAUUGUUGCCUAAUGAAAGUAUUAUAAAAUAUAAUAUUUAAAAGCAUUAGUUUGGACAGUAUAAUAUUAGUCUUCCAAUCAUUCAUAUAAUUGUAAAGAAAAGAAAGUAUUAUGUGUCAUUUAUAUUUACUUUCAAACAGUGGUCUUCAAUCUGUGGCCUACCUUGUCGUUGUUUGAGAUCCGCAGACACAUUUUAAGCAUAGGAUGUACAUUUUAAUCAUUUAAACACGUUGUUAUUACAAAUAUAGCCUGUGCGAUUUAAAAUAGGCCUGCUGCCUAAAAAAGUUGAAGAUCCCAGAUUAAAAAAAAAUUAUUUAUUAUUAGAACUAUACCAAAAAAGUCAAAUAAAUCAAAUUUUUUUAUCAUCAGUUUGGUAACUUGAACCUUUCAUCUUGAAAUUCUUGAUGUCUCAAAUACUAAAAUUAUUUAAAUGCCAUAUCCCCGUUAACUUCAAGUUUUCUAGAGUCAACUAUAUUUGUAUUGAUUAACUGUUUUUAAAUAUAAUAUUAAUUUAUGGAGACACUACAAAGGCGUAUUUUGGUGUUUUUAAAUUAAAAAUGUACUUUUUCCGAUGCAUUAAGUAUGUACUCAUUUAAAAAUAUAUUUCUGUUUUAAUUUUUAUCUAUUGUCAGAUUACGCCUUACAGAGUACAGUUAAAUGUAAAAUAAUUUAUUUCCUAGCAAAAACAGGAAGGUGUAAA